AUGGCUCUCCUCGCCAUCAUCGGCACGGCCUGCGCCGGGCUGGCAGCGGUGUUGGCGGCGGCGUUGGUGGCAUUGGCGUAUCGCUUUGGGCUCCUCUACCAACUCUGCCAUAAGGUGGACCCCCGCAGCCCCCGGCACGGUGGCGAGUUGGUGGCGGAGGUGUUGAAGGCGCAUGGCAUCCGCUUCCUCUUCACCUUGGCCGGUGGCCACAUCUCGCCCGUCCUGGUGGCCUGCGAGAAGGUCGGCAUCCGCGUGGUGGACACCCGGCACGAGGCCACCGCCGUCUUCGCCGCCGAUGCCGUCUCCAGGCUCUCAGGUCGCAUCGGCGUCGCCGUCGUCACCGCCGGUCCCGGCGUCACCAACACGGUGACGGCCGUCAAGAACGCCCAAAUGGCCGAGUCACCGGUGCUGCUCAUUGGGGGAGCAGCUGCUUCGCUCCAGAAGGGCCGGGGUGCGCUGCAGGACAUCGACCAACUCUCGCUCUUCAGGACGCUCUGCAAAGUCUGCGUCUCGGUGCGCACCGUCCGCGACAUCAUCCCCACCCUCCGCAAAGCCAUCGCCACCGCGCAGUCGGGGACCCCCGGCCCCGUCUUCGUGGAGCUCCCCAUCGAUAUCCUCUACCCCUUCCACGUGGUGGAGAAGGAAGUGGGGGGCACCAAAACCCCUCGGGGGCUGCAGGGAAAGGUGGUGCAAUGGUACCUCCAAAAUUACAUCCGGAACCUCUUUGCGGGGGCUUGGGAGCCCCGGGACGUGUCCCCGUUGCCCGUGCAGGUGCCGAUGGCCACCGAGGAUGAGGUGCAGCGCUGCGUGGAACUGGUGAGCAGGGCCACCAAGCCACUGGUGCUGGUGGGCAGCCAGGCCAUGCUGCCCCCCACGCCGGCUGAGGAGCUGCGGUGA